GGCCCCCGCCACCAACGCGCCCCGAGGAGCGGACGCCGGCCGCCCAGAUAUUUCGCGACGCGAGCGCUGGGGGCAGCGGGGAACAUCAUCGUCUUGUCCGGGGCGCCGGGGGGCCUGGGCAGCAUGGUGCCCUCCAGCCAGGAGGCGGAGAAGCAGAUGCCCGCAGAGCCGGGGCAGGACCUUGAGCUCAAGUCCUGGAGGUGUCUGGUGUUCUAUCUGUGUUUCUACGGCUUCAUGGCGCAGUUGCGGCCCGGGGAGAGCUUCAUCACACCCUACCUCUUGGGCCCCGAUAAGAACUUCACACGGGAACAGGUCACCAACGAGAUCACGCCGGUGCUGUCUUACUGCUACCUGGUGGUGCUGGUGCCCGUGUUCCUGCUCACCGACUACCUGCGAUACAAGCCGGUGCUGGUGCUGCAGAGCCUGAGCUACAUCUCCGUGUGGCUCCUGCUGUUGCUGGGCCGCUCCGUGCCGCACAUGCAGCUCAUGGAGCUUUUCUACAGCAUCACCAUGGCCGCCCGCAUCGCCUACUCCUCCUACAUCUUCUCGCUCGUGCGCCCCGCCCGCUACCAGCGCAUGGCCAGCUACUCGCGCGCGGCCACGCUGCUGGGUGUCUUCACCAGCUCCGUGCUGGGCCAGCUGCUCGUCACCGUGGGCAGGGUGUCCUUCUCCACGCUCAACUACAUCUCGCUCGGCCUCCUCGCCUUCAGCCUGGUCCUCGCCCUCUUCCUGAAGCGCCCCAGACGCAGCCUCUUCUUCAACCGCGACGCCCCUGUGUGCCGCGGGGCUGCGCCCUCCGAGCUGGAUCGCAUGAACCCGGACGCCAAGCUGGGCCGGGCGCUGCUGGAGGCCUGGCGGGACUGGACCCUGGUGCGCAUGCUCCGGGAGCUGGGGGACAACCUGCGGUCGCCGCAGCUCCGCCUCUGGUCCCUCUGGUGCCAUCACCUCGUUCUCUGCGGGCUUCGUGAAGGUCCACUGGGCGCUGUGGGCGAAGCUGGUCAUCGCGGGCGUGACGGCGGCGCAGGCUGCGCUGGUCUUUCUCAUGUACAGUACCAACAACAUCUGGCUGUGCUACGUGGCCUUUGUGCUCUUCCGACCUGUCCAGGUCAGCUGGAGUUAGCCAGAGGUCGGGCAUGCAGGAGGGAUGGUAACCGGGUCCCUGGAUCCGUGCCCUCAGCCUGGGGGCUUGCGGCCUCCAUCUGCCUGGAGCCCGGACCUCCCUGGGCUUGGUGGGCUCCACAGACAAGUCCCGACCUCUGUCUGAGGGAGCUGAGUUGGCCCUUCUUUGGUGACCGCAGAGCUGACCCGGAGGAGGUGCUGGGCAGGGCACCUCCUGCCCUGUCUCUUGUUUAGAGACUGGCCUGUGGAGUUUGGAAGUGCCCUUGGGGAGAAGGAGGUCUGAACCACGUGCUCAUGUCUGCAGGCUUCUGCAGGGCCCCCCAGGCUGAGCUCUGGGACUGUCCAGCCCGAGCAGGAUUGGCAGAGCCCCCCACGUGGAUGAGUGUGCAGUUGCACCCACGGGGUGGGCGAGAGGGGCUGGGGGUGCGCCUGGACCCGGGGGUGGGCAGCCUGGGAGCCUCCCCCGGAAGCAGCAGCUUGGCAGGAGAGCACCCUUGGCCCCAGAACUUCCCAUGGAGCCUUGCCUGGCAGCAGCACCCAGGAGGAGCCUCCAGUUGAUCCCCUCUGGGCAGCGGGUUGUUAGUGUGGAUGGGCAGAGGCCCGUCUCAGUUCCCAGAGGGCUCAGUGGACCCAGCCCAUGGUGGCUCUGACCUGCCUGUGGACACCGACCUCAGGUCACUGCCCCUGUUGAUGGCCCUGUUCUGCCUGGCGGGCCAGGGGCAGUGUGCCUAGAAGCCAGGCGCUGCCCCGGGGCCCAUGGCUGGGUAUUACUGGUGGGGGCUUCCCCAGGGGCUGGGCCUUCCCAUGUGGUGGCUCCCGGGUCAAGGGGAGAGAAAAAUCCGUGAGAUUUUCUCUAGCUAGUUUCAUUUCCCAGUUAAAUAAAUCUAGAAGUGGGUUGGUUAGUUUGUGAUUAGAAAUGCUGAUGGGAUCCACAGGGAAAGUAGCCCCUGCUCAUCUUGCUCACUUUCCCUGUUUACAGCCCGUGUAUCUCUUCAUGUCAUCCCGAGUGCUCUUGACUUUAAAAUUAAAACAGCAAAAAUGGGCAUAUUGGGAAUGACAAAGAAUUGCAAUUCAGGACAAGCAAAACCAUAGGCAAGUCUGACCCAUAAAGGAGAGGGACAUAUUUUAUGGGGAAGAAGGAGGAAGUUGGGAGGGGUUGUUUUGAACGGAAGUCUACCGGAGAAAAGCCAGAGUUCAGGGUGA